AUGAUAUUAAAUGAAUUGAUAAAUAAAAAGUUUUGGUACAUCAAUAAAAAUUGGAGAAUAAGACAUCAAAUCCUAACAAUUCAAAUAGCAAGUUUGAUUUUAGUUUUUGCUUUGUUAACCACAAUCAUAAUAGGCGGCCAAAUUUUGGUUUAAAAAAUGAUAGAAGAAUCAGCAGAUCAAAUAUUUAUUAAAUAAACAAAAUAAGAAUUGAAUAGUGUAUGGAUGUACAAGAAUAACAUUUUGACACUCUUAAAUUCUGCAAAUUAGCAGAUUUCAAUUAUUAAUAGAUUUAAUUAAUACUUCUAAUAAACUUCAUUUACAAUUAUUGAUCCAGUUUAAUGCUUAAAUAAGGAGAGAACAAACGAUACCUAUUGUUAUAGUUCUUCAUACUGUUUUGGUAUAUUUAAUGAAACCUGUACUUAAGAAGACAUUAAAGAAUUAAAAUUUGUUUAUUAAAUAACAUCAAUACUUACUUAAUUUAGAAACUCAAUUGAUAAUUCAUAAGCUUUAUAUUUUAGUCAUGCAAAUUAUGCAUAAUUCUAUACCCUGAGUCAAGGAUUUUAUUUUAAACCUGGAUUUAAACCACAUUCUAGACCAUGGUAUACAUUUCAUAGAAAUUAAACAAUUAACUGCAAAGACUUUAGGAAAAUAAUUUAUGGAAAUCCAUAUAAAAUUUUUUUAAGUGGAGGUGGAAUUCGUAUUGCUAUGACUUCAAAUUUAUUAAGUCUCCAUAAUAAAAUUGAAGGAGUUAUUGCUAAAGAUAUUGAUUUUAAUUAGACAUAAGCUUUUAAAUAUUAAGAUCAAUAAACAACUGUCAAUAUUAUUAAUCUAUAAGGAUAGGUGAUUUAUAGUAAACUUUAUGAUAAUCCUAAUUAAACAAUUUUUUCUAUAUCAGAAUAAAAUUAUUCUGGUUUUAAUCAAACAGACUUUGAAUAAAUUUUAAAUUUUCAUCAUAGAGCAAAUUAUUCUAAUAGUUGUGAUAAUUUAAGUUAGUAACAAAAUAUUCUUUGUAGAUAUAAUUCAAAAUUGAAUGAUUCCAGUAUUAUUCAAACUGCUAAUAUUAAUGAAACUCCUUAUAUUCUAUUACUUGUAAAAAAUACCAACUAUUUAAAAAGAGUAUAAUUUUUAUAACUAUCUCUUAUUAAUGAUAAGUACAAUGACUUAAUUUAUAAAAAUCUGAUUUUAUAUAUUUGCAUAACAUUGCUUGUGAUAUUUCUAACAUAUUUAACUUCUUUUGUAUUAUUAAAUCAAUUAAACAUUCUCAUUUUGUAAACUAAAGCUCAUAUUUUUGACAAACGUGUUUCAACUUUUCAAUAAGGAGUUCUUAAUAAAAGAUAUUAUUUUUAGUCAUCUGUAGUAACAAAUUUACUUUUAAGUGUAAUCGGAUUAAUGCAUAAUAUUAAUUCAGAUAAGAAAAAUGAAGCAUGUUUGUCAGAAGAAGAAAAAUAGUUUCCAAAAAUAAUCAGAAUGAAUUAUAUAGUUAAAAAUGUGAUAAAAAAUUCAAUUGAAAAAUUACAUAAAAAAUUAUCAUUUAAUAAAAUUAGAUUAAAUCAAUAAGAAUUGAGCAUACUCAUAAAUUAUAUUAAACAUUCAGAUAAUCUAAAAUGA